AUGUUAAGAUCAACAACUCGUAACACAUUACGUUUGGCCACUAAAUACGUUAAAAUUUCACCAAAUGUUGUUCGUCACACUUUACCAAAAGUGUCUGGUGUGAGAUUUGCAUCUCAAUUGGCUCAUGUUAAAACACCACCGAACUUACAAAAUGAACCAGUUAAAAAUUUCGGUUUUAAAGAUACUAAAGAUUGGGAUUUAUUAAGAGCAUCCCUUACUAAAUUUACUGAUGAAGGUGUUUUGAAAGUCCCAUUAGUUGUUGGCGGUAAGAAGAUUUAUCGUGAUGAAACUAAAACCCAAGUAAACCCAGCUAAACAUUCUCAAGUAUUAGCUGAUGUUUCACAAGCUACUCCUGAAGAUAUUAUUGCUGCUAUUGAUGCUGCUAAAGCUGCUAAAGCUAAAUGGGCAGAAACUUCAUGGACUGAUAGAGCAGCUAUUUUUUUAAAAGCUGCCGAUUUGAUUUCUACAAAAUAUAGAUAUGAUAUGUUGGCCGCUACAAUGUUGGGACAAGGUAAAAAUGUUUAUCAAGCAGAAAUUGAUUGUGUUGCUGAAUUAAUUGAUUUUUUCAAAUUUAAUGUCAAAUAUGCUGAAGAAAUGUAUCAACAACAACCAAUUCAAACUUCUCCUGGUGUUUGGAACCGUGCUGAAUAUAGACCAUUAGAAGGGUUUGUUUAUGCUGUUACUCCAUUUAAUUUCACUGCCAUUGCUGCCAAUUUGGUAGGAGCUCCUGCUUUAAUGGGUAACACUGUUGUUUGGAAACCAUCAGCUACAGCUGCAUUAUCUAACUACUUGUUGUUGACAAUUUUAGAAGAAGCUGGUUUACCAGCUGGUGUUAUUAACUUUAUUCCUGGUGACCCUGUUGAAGUUACUGAUAUUGUUUUAAAUGAUAAAGAAUUUUCUGCGUUACAUUUCACUGGUUCAACCGAUGUUUUCAAAAAAUUGUAUUCUAAAAUUAGUGAAAAUGUUUCUUCAGAUAAAUAUCGUGAUUUCCCAAGAAUUGUUGGAGAAACUGGAGGUAAGAAUUUCCAUUUGAUUCAUCCAAGUGCUUCAAUUAAUCAUUCUGUUUUAUCUACAUUAAGAGGAGCAUUUGAAUAUCAAGGUCAAAAAUGUUCUGCCACUUCAAGAUUAUACGUUGCUGAAUCUUUAUGGCCAGAAUUCAAAGAUCAAUUAAUUGGUGCCAUGUCACAAAUCACUAUUGGUAAUAGUUCCGAAUCAGAAAAUUUGAAUACAUUUAUGGGACCAGUGAUUCAUGAACAAAGUUUCCAAAAAUUAUCUAAUGCCAUUGAACAAGCUAAAUCAGAUCCAGAAUUAGAAAUUAUUGCUGGUGGUUCUUAUGAUAAUACCAAUGGAUUUUAUGUCCAACCAACAUUAAUCAAAACUACUAAUCCAAACCAUGAAUUUUUGACUAAAGAAUUUUUCGGUCCAAUUUUAACUACCUAUGUUUAUCCAGAUGAUGAAUUUGAAAACAUUAUCAAAAGUAUUGAUAGUAUCACUAAAUAUGGUUUGACAGGUUCAAUUUUUGCUAGAAAUCGUGAUGCUAUUAGAAUUGCUGAAGAAAACUUGAGAUAUGCUGCUGGUAAUUUUUAUAUUAAUGAUAAAUCCACUGGUGCUGUUGUUGGGCAACAAUGGUUUGGUGGUGCUAGAGCUUCUGGUACUAAUGAUAAAGCUGGUAGUGGUAAUAUUUUAUCUCGAUUUGUUUCCAUUAGAAAUAUUAAAGAAAAUUUUUAUGAAUUGACUGAUUUCAAAUACCCAUCCAAUUAUCAAUAA